AUGUCGGAACGUUAUUCAACAAAGUUGUCAUUUGAAAUACCACUUUUUCUUGCUUAUGUCACAGGCAAUGAUGCAUGUGAUGUGUUGUUGGAGCUGGAAAAAGAAUAUGAUGUAAAAUUUGUCAUAGGUGAAGAUUCGGUUUAUGUAGAAGGUUUGAAGGAGCAAGAUCUAAAACCUAUCAAAAAAACACUUUCCGAUGCUUGGAAAAUGGAUAAUUUUCAUCGUGCUAUAGAAAUUUGUGAAUUAACGACUAAAUCAGACUAUCAAUUUCUGUUUGAAGUGUCACCUUCGGAAGCUGCUCUUAUACAAUUGAAUGCUAAAACUAUUUUACAUCGAACGAGAGUGCUGCAGUUGAAAACAGAUAAUAAUGGUCAUGUGUGUAUUUUCGGGAACGGAACCUCAAUUUAUGAUGCUUACGAUACGAUUGUUUCAUUUCUUCGCAAAGCAUCUUUUAAAAGCAACACUGCUUUGCAAGGUUUUAAUGAAGAACCUUGCGUUCUUCUCAUGCAUAUUCCGAGUGCAAUUGCGCAGUUUAUAUUUUCAAACGAUAAGCGAAGUGUAAAUGCAUUGGAACGUUCAUCCCGGUGUGUCGUUGAACCACAUUUUAGGGAUACUGAUGCAGCUGGUUAUACUAAGAUUGAUAUAAUCACGAAAGACCUCCCCAACGCAUUAGCUGCAAAAGCAGCACUGAUGGAACUAAUUGAAAGUCAUGUUGGAAAAAUUCAUAAGUGGCCAACUCCAGUAACUAUUUGCUGUGGUUCGCGUAUAUCACGAUCAAUUCCGGAAGUUUCUUGUCGUACAUUGGAUGAAUGCGAAGCCGUACUACAUGGUCCGACAAGUAAAAGCUUGACUUUUAGCGUGCCUGAUUCUGAAGCUUCACGUCUAAUUGGCACUCGAGGAUUAAAUAAAAAAAGAAUUGAAGAACGCACAAACUGCUUCAUUUCGUUGCACACAGAAGCAAAGCAAGGCGGUGAAUUUCCUGUAGAAAUAAUUGGCCAAAAUGUGAAAGAAUGCGAAGCUGCUCAGGCUUAUAUCCAUAACUUUCUGAAGGAAACACGGAGAAUGAAUAAAAACAUGACUCGCAGUAGUUUGUCGGGUGCAAUACAAUCAUCUCAACGUUUUAAUUCUGAAGUGGAAUUGUCGCAGCUAAAUGCGCUUUCUUCUACUUACAAUGCACCAGGUGGUGGUGGUGGUGCUGCACCGGGGACGGUAUCUGCAUACUUCGCAGCACCGGGAGCAAAACCUAGUGGCGGUGGUGGUGGUGGCAUAGGUCCUGAAAGCGGUGGUGCUGGUGGUACAACGUCCGCUUAUUUCGCUGCACCAGGAGCAGGGGGAGGUGGAGUUGGAUGUGUUUCUGCGUAUUUUUCACCGACUGCCCCAGGAGGUUUGGGAGGAAGAGUUCCAGGCGCACCUGCAGUUGGUGUCAUAGAUCCUACGAAAACAGCUAUCGGCGCUGUUGAUCCGACUCGAACUGCUAUUGGCGCUGUUGAUCCAACGAAAACUGCUAUCGGUGCUGUGGAUCCGACUCGAACUGCUAUCGGCGCUGUUGAUCCAACUCGAACAGCUAUCGGCGCUGUUGAUCCGACUCGAACAGCUAUCGGUGCUGUUGAUCCGACUCGAACAGCUAUCGGUGCUGUUGAUCCGACUCGAACUGCUAUUGGCGCUGUUGAUCCAACGAAAACUGCUAUCGGUGCUGUGGAUCCGACUCGAACUGCUAUUGGUUCUGUUGAUCCAACAAAAACUGCUAUCGGUGCUGUGGACCCGACUCGAACUGCUAUCGGCGCUGUUGAUCCGACUCGAACUGCUAUCGGCGCUGUUGAUCCGACUCGAACUGCUAUCGGCGCUGUUGAUCCGACUCGAACUGCUAUUGGUGCUGUGGAUCCCACUAGAACAGCUAUUGGUGCCGUAGACCCAACAAAAACUGCCAUCGGGUCUCCGGUUCCAGAUUUCACAAAAACAGCUAUUGGAGCGCCAAGUGGUUCGCCAGCAGCACCAGUAGGAGGAGGAGGAUACUCGCCAACAUCGCCAGGUGGAGGUGGAGCCACAUCCGCUUAUUUCGGCGUUGGUGGAGGUGGCGGUGGUGGCUACACCUCUGCUUACUUUGGUGUUGGUGGUGGCGGUGGUGCUAAGCCAACAGGUGGUGGUGCUGACAGCAGAGGAGGUGCUACGAGCCCAGGCGUAUCGGCAUACUUUUCACCAUCGGGUGGAGCUGGCGGUGCACCAGGAGCGACUUCAGCCUAUUUUUCUGUCCGAUAG